CAAAACCAUACCUUGCUAGCGAUUGUUACCAGCGACGUUCUGACUUCGAUACAAGUACAUGCAGCGUACGUGCGUACUCCAUAUGCUAUGAUUUUGGUCCAGAACAAGGAAAUUUUUGAUACAUUUUGUCUUAUUUGUGCAGAAAUAACUGGAACAAGAAGCCUUUUUCUUGUGCGAGGCGUCGACAAUUUCAGGCAGGGUUUGGCAAAACGUGGUUUGCAAAGAAAGGAGAUUCCUACGAGUAGGAGCAUCUCAACGAAGCUUUUCGCCUGUAUAAACAGUCCAACGCAGUGCAGUGACUUGAGCGCUGUCUUCUCGUCUUAAUUUUUGCAAAAACUCCAAAGUGUUUAUGUCUUUUUGCAGUUGUAACGAUAUUUUGGUGAGGGUAGCCAGUGCUAAACGCCCACCGUGCCGUCCAUGCACAAAGCAGCAUCCACACAUACAUCGGCAUCCACCCGACGAUUUUAUGUCUUCUAUACCGAACUGUCCGAGUCAUCCCUUAAAUCACAACAAAAGAUUCAAGUGGAGUAAAGACAGACAAGACAACAGUGACAACACCAGGAGGCAGUCAGGAUGGCGCUCAACGUCAACCGCAAUGUCACCGACCAGUUCUACCGCUACAAAAUGCCACGGCUCAUAGCAAAGGUCGAGGGCAAAGGCAAUGGAAUCAAGACAGUCAUUUCCAACAUGGUGGAGGUUGGCAAGUGCCUGUCUAGACCACCAACAUAUCCAACCAAGUUCUUUGGCUGUGAGCUCGGAGCUCAGACUCAAUUUGACUUCAAGAACGAGCGCUUUAUCGUGAACGGCUCCCAUGACGUGUCCAAGUUGCAAGAUCUCCUGGACGUCUUCAUCAGGAAGUAUGUGCUGUGUCCCGAGUGCGACAACCCAGAAACUAACUUGAUUGUAAAAAGAUCAACCAUUGGGCAACACUGCGUUGCCUGUGGUCACCAGGGCAUGAUAGACAUGCGCCACAAACUCACCACCUUCAUCACCAAGAACCCACCGGAGCACGACCCGACCACCAUCGGCUCCAGCAAGACUGAGCGUAAGUCCCGCAAGAAGGAUGCCAAUUCCAACCAGAACGGGGACGGGGACGCCAAUGAUGGCGUGGAUGCGCUGGCAAUGAAGGAUGCUGAUGAUGAUUGGUCCGUGGAUACCAGUGAAGAUGCUGUGCUGGAACGCAUGCAGAGCCUGACCAGUGGGGCCAAGGGGAUCACACUCAAUGACGAUCUCAGUAAGACCUCCCAAGAACGACUGGAUAUCUUCUAUAUGUUUGUCAAGAGCAAGAAAGAGCAAGGUAAGAUGGCCGGGGCAGACAAGGAGAUCCUGCUGGAGGCAGAGCGUCUGGACAUCAAGGAGAAGGGUCCUCUCAUUCUGGCUGAGCUCCUCCUGGAUGGAGACAUGAUGAAACAGCUGUCCACCUAUCGGCUGCACUUUCUUAGGUUCACCAAUGAUUCCCACAAGGCUCAGAAGUACCUGCUGGGUGCCUUUGAGCAGCUGUGUAAGACUUACGAGGACAAGCUGAUGCCCAAGGUUCCAAGCCUCCUCAAGAAGAUGUACGACCUUGACUUGCUGGAGGAGGAGGUCCUCAUUUCCUGGUCCAAAAAGCCGUCCAAGAAGUAUGUGUCCAAGGAAAUCAUGAAGCUGAUCCAGGAGAAAGCGGCGCCGUUCAUCAAGUGGCUGGAGGAGGCAGAGGAAGAUGACUCCAGCGAUGAUGAAGGAGUUGAGGUUGCAUUCACCAGAGACGGCAGAGACAGUAAGCCAAAAGCGGUGACCAUCUCUCCACCUGCCAAGACGUCAUCGGCACCAGCACCGGCGGACGAUGACAUUGACAUUGACGACAUCUGAAGACAGGGGAGAUGGAACCAACCGGGAGCUUUUACUCCUGUCCUUGUAACUUUAUAGGUUAACUCUGGCAACUGUGAUUACACUAGGUUUGGGAUUACGCACUGUGUAUAUCAAAUGUGUAUAGACAAACCAGGUUGAGGAUAUAAACACGUGUAUAGCUAUAGCUUCUAGUGAUUCCUCUUCUCUGAUUUAUCUUAAAUCUAAACAUUUUCAAUUGUAUUUUUAAAAAUGCCAAUUUUGGGGGGUCUUGGGCAGUGAUACUUUGUAGAUGCAGGAAGAACUACAUGUGGCUGUUCAAUUGCGUGUACAAAAUGCCCCUUAAAAAGGGAAAAAGAAAAACCUUGAAACAUUUGAUUUGUUGUGGUAGUAGCGAAUGUCUCUUCCAUAACUUGGUACCCCCCAUCAAUCGUUAAGUGAUAUGGAAUAGGUGCAAGUGCUGCCACAUUUUGAAUCUGUCCUACGUUGGUAGCUCUGUGAUAUUUUUGUAUCGUGCACAGUUGUUUUUUCCCCUUCUUAGGGAUUCUGCUGAAAGAUUCUACCAAAUUUUGUUCAUCUCUGCUCUACGUUCAUGAAGCAAGCUUCAUUAAUUUCAUGUCUUAAAAAAAGAUUUUCUCUUUUUUUUUGCUUGUAUAAGCGUUUCAAAUCUUUGUUUUUCCGAAAAUUGAAGGUAAAGCCUUGAUAUGAGUUUAAUGGUUGGGAAAAGUUAACAUUGUUUAUAAUUACGCAAAGUUUAACUGAUGUUUGUCUGUGUAAAGUUAAAUUGUUUCAAGUCACAAAAUAAUAUUGAUAUACAAGUCCAGUUGGACCUCUAUUGAAGUAAAAGUUCCUGCUUAUCAUUAAAUUGACCUGAUCAAAAUUGGAUUCUGUUGGAUAUUUCGCGAUAGUUUCACUGUUGAGAUAUGGCCAUUGUAUUUUUUUAGUAUUGCCCGUGAGUAUACACAUGAACAUGCUGUUAUAAAUUUGCUGCACACCGACUUAAUGGCUUGUUUCUUUCAUCGUAGUUAAUUCGUCCCGGAGCUUGCUAGAUGUGUUGCUUAAGAUGCUGUACAAAAUGCAAAAAUAUUCCACUAUUCAGAUUCCGUGUUAAAUGCUAUGUAACUGGGUUAUAAUCUAACCGCACUUUACGAUGUGACAUUUUCGACAAUUUAAAGUAUACUUCUUUAAGCUUUGUCUUGAGAAAUGUUAAGUUUAAUCGCCAUCUGUACAAACAGCGUAUGGAUGAACUUAUGAGAAGAAAAAAAAAGGUGUAUGAGUCAAAUUUCUCGAUUCUGAUUACUUUCUGUUUGAUUUGAUUGAUUCUUACUGUUUGAUUUACAUUUGAGGUCCUUGAAGGAAAAGAAAUUCUUUUGAGGCGAGGAAAUUUUGGUUUGGUUCGUUGGGUUCAUUGAAGUACCAAAUGGGAACUACAGUUAAUAAUAGUUAAUGAUUGGAUACUACCUGAUAAAGGUGUGAAAGGAGUAGCUGCGUUUCUUAAGAUCAAGUGUGGAUUUUAACACCGUUUUGUUCAAUACAAUUCUCAUUGUUUCUGCAUGUGUUACGGAAUUGUAUGAGUUGUGUUUAUUUCUGUGUCCUGUGUGUUUCAGAGUAAUAAACAGGAACCUCAAAAAUA